AUGAUUGCAACCCAGCUGAAGGUGUCGAUCCUGGGAGCCGGGCCGGCGGGCUUCGCACUGGCCGUGGAUCUGGAGAGGAAGGGAGCGAGCGUAUUGCUCUAUUCACAUCCGGACCAUCGACGACAUGCCGAAGCGGUCAUUUCGAGAGGUGGUCUCGAAGUCAGCGGCGCCAUUGAAGCAUCGACAAAGCUAUACAUCACGUCGGAUAUGCAAGAGGCCGUCGAGUUCUCCAGGAUCGUCAUCAUCACGGUUCCAUCGACAGGGCAAGAAACGCUCCUCUGCGAGUUAGAACGGUUCUCUCUGCUCGAGCACACCCUCAUCGCGGUUCCCGGGAAUCUGUUCUCGCUGGUUGCCACCGCGGGCCUGAAGGUCAGGAAUUUCCUCGAGACCAACAUCUCACCCUACUCGUGCCGGAUGAGCGAGGGGGCAUUGGCGGUUUUUGGGAAGAAGGGCUCCUUCUCCAUUGCAGCGCUACAUGGCGAUUGCGACCUGAUUUCCAAGGCUAAGGUGGAGAGGAUCUUCUGUGGACAGCGCCUCCGUUGGAGCCACAACGUGAUCGAGGUCUCCUUGACCAAUAUCAACGGCGUGUUUCAUCCAUUGAUGAUGUUGAUGAACGCGGGACGAAUCGAAAAUACCGGUGGCGAUUUCCGGGUGUACGCCGAUGGUCUCACCCGCUCGGUCGCUAAUGCGAUCCUCGCGGUGGACCGAGUCCGGCUGGAGAUCGGCAAGGCAUUCGGCUUCAAGCUGGACAGUGUGAUCGCGACAUCCAACCGGUGCUACAACGCCCGCUUCACGGACCUGGUGGACCUGGCUCGCAACUCGGAACCGCACAACAAACUGAUGGCCCCGGGGAUCCUGGAUCAUCGGAACCUCUCGGAAGACGUUCCCGACCUUCUCGUUUGUUGGCACGGCCUGGCGGAAAAGCUGGAGAUCAACGCGUCCCCCAUCAAAGCCGUCAUCGACCUGGCGAGCAUAGCCACCGGGAUCGACUAUAUGGAGAGUGGAAGGAACAUGAGGAAGCUGGGCUUGCAGGAUCUUUCACGGAGUCAGCUUCUCGCGCAGUUCAGUGUCAGAUACCCGUAG